UGUCCGGAAGUCGCGGGCCGAUCGGGUGGUACCGGGUCAUUUUCUCCCCUAGCGUACCGCUAGGUCUCUGCUGUUCUGUGGUACGAGACACUUGGCCUUCCCCGUCAGCCUCCGGCUAACUGCAGACCAGUAGGUCUUGUCUCCGCCGCCGGUCUUGCCUCCUGCGCGGCUGACUGUCCUGUUUUCCCCCUGAUUCGGCCUGGCCGCGUUGCGCCCAUGGCAGAGGCCGCUCCCGCCACCGCUUUCGGGCAGGCGGUGAUCGGCCCGCCGGGCUCGGGGAAGACCACCUACUGUCUGGGCAUGAGUGAAUUCCUGCGCGCGCUGGGCCGGCGCGUGGCGGUGGUGAACCUGGACCCAGCCAACGAGGGGCUGCCAUACGAGUGCGCCGUGGACGUGGGCGAGCUGGUGGGGCUGGGCGACGUGAUGGACGCGCUGCGACUGGGACCCAACGGCGGCCUCCUCUACUGCAUGGAGUACCUGGAAGCCAACCUGGACUGGCUGCGUGCCAAGCUCGAUCCUCUCCGCGGUCACUACUUCCUCUUCGAUUGCCCGGGCCAGGUGGAGCUGUGCACACACCAUGGCGCUCUGCGCAACAUCUUCUCCCAGAUGGCACAGUGGGACCUCAGGCUGACCGCUGUGCACCUCGUGGAUUCUCACUACUGCACAGACCCAGCCAAGUUCAUUUCGGUACUGUGUACCUCCCUGGCCACCAUGCUGCACGUGGAGCUGCCUCACGUCAACCUCCUCUCCAAGAUGGACCUCAUUGAGCACUACGGGAAGCUGGCCUUCAACCUGGACUACUACACAGAGGUCCUGGACCUCUCCUACCUGCUCGACCAUCUGGCUUCUGACCCUUUCUUCUGCCACUACCGCCAGCUCAAUGAGAAGCUGGUGCAGCUCAUCGAAGACUACAGCCUGGUCUCCUUUAUCCCUCUGAACAUCCAGGACAAGGAGAGCAUCCAGCGAGUCCUGCAGGCUGUGGAUAAAGCCAAUGGCUACUGUUUUGGAGUCCAAGAGCAGCGAAGCCUGGAAGCCAUGAUGUCUGCGGCAAUGGGAGCCGACUUCCAUUUCUCCUCCACGCUGGGCAUCCAAGAGAAAUACCUGGCACCCUCGGACCAACCAGUGGAGCAGGAAGCCAUGCAGCUCUAGCCGCGGAAAGCAGGGUGCAUGACCCAGCGCUGGGGAAGGCAGAGGCUCCCAGUGGGCAGUGAGCGCUGGCCAGCUCGGCAGGCUUCUGAGCCAGAGCCGGGAUGCUGGCCCGGGGACAUCCAGCGAAGGACUUCUGGCCAGAAAGCCAGACGUGGCGCUGAGCAGAGUGCCCACCACACCCUCCGCAGUGCCCGGGAGCCGUGGGCCCUGGCACCAGGAGUUGAACAUUGGCCCCGCUUGGGCUGUGCUGGGAAGUGCUACAAUAUAAGAGUUUAUUUUCUGGUUUUUUGUGGCUGAAAAAUUUUCUUCAAUUCUCCAGGCUCAGGGAGCUUGAGCAGAGCAAAGGGGAUGUCACCCUCCCUUGGAAGAGUCCCAUUCAUACCGACAGGGUUUCCCAAGCACAUGAUGUGUCACACUAGAGGCUGGCUUCCUCCCCUCCCCUCCCUUUCCCUUCCCUCUUUUUAAUGAAUUUUUUGGAAACAGUACAACAGAAAUGUUCCAUCUUCCACUAACUCCCCAGAUGCCUGCAAUAGCCAGAGCUGGGCCAGGCUACAGGAACCAGAACUCAACCCAGGUCUCUGAUGGACCAAGUAUUGAAGUCACCACCUGCUGCGUCCCCAGGUGCACAUCAUCAGGAAGCUGGAUGCAGAAGUGGAGAACUCAAACCGAGGCACUUCGUAUGGGACGUGCAGGUCCCAAACACAGCUCUGUGCCGAGCCCGCCCCAUCUGCCGGAGAACGGAGCGUCUCCAGUCGUGCGUUUUGUUAAUCCCUGUUGUAUCGGGGAGCCUCGAGCUCCACCUUUUCCAGGCAACACAUCCUAUUUAUUUUAAAAAUGUCUAUUUAUUUAUCUGAAAAACAGAGAGAGAGGUCUUCCAGUCACUGAUUCACUCCCCAAAUGGCCACAAUGGCCGGGGCUGGGCCAGGCUGAAGCCAGGACUCCUCGGUCUCCCACACAGGUGCAGCAGGACUGGGCUAUCUUCUACUGCUUUCCCAGGCACAUUAGCAGAGGUGAAGCAGCCGGGACUCGAACUGGUGCCGGUGUGGGAUGCCAGCACUGCAGGCAGCUAACCCACUGCACCACAACACCAACCCCCGUCCUAUUUAAUAUUUUAUUUUGUAUUUCAUAGUUUUGCUCUUUUUGGCAGGUUUCAGCCUAAUUUUCCACUUAUGACAACAACUAGAAGUUCACCUCAAAGAUGCUAUUUCUACAAACUGAGUUGGUUAAAGGAAAAUGUAAAGUGUAUGAUAGAACAAUUACAAAGGUGUGGCAGAAAUUGAGAUUGGUUUCGCUCUUGCCGCUGGUCAGGUACAGUACAUAUUUUGAGCCAGUAGGUGGCGUCCCUGACUUUUUACAGUUACAACCUGGAGACAGCUGGGGAAGGUGGUUGUGCACAUUUGGGGCCUGUUAACAGCUGAAGGCCAUGGUAUUUUACAGAGAGCUUCCACACAUCUCACCCUUAUAUGGUUCUCACAGCAACUCCUCGAGUAGACAGUUGGGAAUAUCACUGUGCCAUUACCUGAAUGAUGGAGUGAUGGGGACAGGGAGUGACGGAGAGAUCUUCAAUUUGGUGGUUCACUCUCCAAAUGCCUGCAAUGGCCAGGAGUGGCCCAGCAAGAGCCAGGGUCUCCAUCCUGGUCCCCUGUGUGGGUGGCAGGGACCCAAGAGCUCAGGCCAUCAUCUACUGCCUCCCGGGCCCACAGCAGGAAGCUGGAACUGGAACCAGCACUCCAAUGUAGGACGCAUGCGACCCAAGUGGCGGCCUACUGCUCAGCACCACGAUGCCCAUCUGGCACCUGUUUUUAUGGAAAUGAGACCAAAAGGUGAGGAUUUGAACUUGAGUUGGCCCAGCUCUCUUUCAUAGCCUGCCUUGCUGACUGAAUUGUGACUGUGGCGUCUGCGGUUGACUUAGUGGUGAAGUGUCUCCGCCCUCGUUGCACAGAAUCUAGCCAAUAGAGAGAAAGAACCGGGGCACCUCUAACGUAUAAGUUAAGGGAAAGGUAGUCACUGGUGGUUUGAGCCGCUGGAGAAUUCCAUUUGGGAGAAUAUUCUGCCCAGCACUGACACAGGGCUAACAGCCUUGCCUGCCAGUGUCGGGAGCUGGAGCUGAAGGCAGAAGAGUGGGCGCUGCGGGGAGGCCUCCGUGGCUGGGACAGUCUGAAAGCCGGCUCGGCUCCCACGCCUGGCUGUAGAGGGGAUAAUGACGGAGUGCUGCUUCCCCAGUCUCUUUCAUCUGGACUUCAAAGCACCUCAGCCCUAUUAACACCCUGUACGGCAAGUGGGGAGUACCAGCAGAGCAAGCCAGGGAAACUGAGGCCAGGAGGCACUGCCUGGGGCUGGCUGUGAGUCACCUGUGGGGCCUGGAGCCCAGGAACCCUGACGCCCGGGCUGCUGAACAAAUCCCUCAUCAGGGCGUGAGGGUUUCUUAAGACAGCACCAGUAGCUGCGGUCAGGAGUUUUGAUGCUUGCCCAUCGAUGAGGCCCCAGCUGUCACCGGAAUGGCCCAGAUGGGGCUGGAAGGCGUCACCGCGGACUUUAUGACCUCAUGUCCAGGCCCCCUCAGCAUUUAGCCUCUGUAGUCAUUUCAGGCUUUGGUGUGACUGCUGAUGUAUCCUCUUCCCCCAGUAAAUGGAGCUUCCAUCUGCCACUGAUGGCAAAAUGACCUUCUGUUCUCUGUAGACACCAAGGUAAUGGGGAGGGGACAGCAAAGGGGGAGAGAUGCCUGGAUUCCAAGUGAGGCCCCUUCAGUGAACAAUGGUGUAAGGUAAGGGGAAGCUCAUCUUCCAAUAAGACUGGCACAUGGCAGCCAUCUCGAAAAUUAUUUGUUUAUUUGAAAGGCAGAGGGAGAAAGAGAUCUACCAUCUGCUGGUUUCAUCUCCAAAUACUGACAGCAGCCAAGGCUAGGUCAGGCUGAAGCUAACAGCCUAGAGCUCUUUCUGGGUCUCCCAAGUAGGUGGCAGGGACAAGUACGUGGGCCAUCACCUUACCUAUUAGCAGGAAGCUGGCCUUGAACUCAGGUGUGGGAUGUGAGAUCCCAAGCAGCAUUCCAGCGGCUGCACCAAAUGCCUACCCCACAGCCACAACCACAACCACAGCCACAACCAAGACUUGUUUACUCCCCAAGUACCCAACAACAGCUGGGACUGGGUGGGGUCCGAAGCCAGGAACUCAGUCCAAGUCUUCAUUAUUUUUUUUCUUUCCUAAUAAAAAUGAAAAAAAAAAAUUUGAAAAAUGAAAAGAGAAAAUAAGUCACUUAUAAUCCUAUAACAGAAAUGAUCAUUAAUAUCCAUAACCAAUAAUAAAUUGUCUAUCA